AGGUGGGUGGCACGUUGUGGCGACAGGAGUCGAGUGAGGAGGAGGAGGACUGGGAAAGGGAGGGGAGAGGAGGAGGAGGAAGAGGAGGGGGCAGCGCUUGCAGGCAGCGGGUGCGCGGCUGCAAAGGAGCCGGGCGAGGGGAGGGUGGCGGUCUCUCCCCGCUGCCUCUGGAGCUGAGGGCAGCCGCAGGGGGUGGCCUCCUGUCCCUUGUUCCCCCCCCACAAAGGGACAAGGACGGACCCCCCCUAGCCCGGGCAGGUCCAACGCAACCCGGCGCUUUGUCUGCCGGGGGGGGGCUCUCCGCGACCCAGAUGUGCGGGCAGCUGAGGCCGAGGCCAGCGGCGCCGGGGGACGGGAGGAGAGCCCAAGGGAAUGACCUUGAGGAGGAACCUGAAGGAUGCAGCCGGGUGCAAAAAUGAAUCAUUUGGGGAGGAAGAAGAGGCGAAGCUCUGAGUGAAGGCACCAGCCCUGGUUGUGAUGUGCUCUGGGUGGGGGGGGCCAGGCCGGGCAGCCGGCAGCAGGGGCUGAUUGCUGCCAGGGGCUCGCAUGGAGCAUCCUCUCCUGCGGAUGCUGUUCCCACCCUGCUGUCGUCCCAUGCCCUGCUCCGGAGCUGUCCUGUGAACCUUUCCUGCCUGGGAAGAAGCUGGUCCCACCAGCCAAAGAUGAGACGCUUCCAAAGCAGCUCGCUCCUGCUCUGCGUGGUGGCCGCCGCCGCCAUCCCCAUCGUGCCCUGGAAGGUCAAGUGCCCUCCGCAGUGUGUGUGCCAGAUCAGACCGUGGUACACCCCUCGCUCCGUGUACCGGGAGGCUGCCACGGUGGACUGCAAUGACCUGUUCAUCUCCUCUGUGCCCCAGGACCUGCCUGAGGGGACCCAGACCCUGCUCCUGCAAAGCAACAACAUCGCCAGGCUGGAGCAGAGCGAGCUGGACUAUCUCCGCAACCUCUCGGAGCUGGAUCUGUCGCAGAACAGCUUCUCUGACGUGUGGGACUUUGGCCUCAGGAGCAUGCCCCAGCUGCUCAGCCUGCACUUGGAGGAGAACCAGCUUUCCGAGCUGCCCGACAGCAGCUUCCCGGGGCUGGGCAACCUGCAGGAGCUCUACCUGAACCACAACCAGCUCCGCAGCAUCGCGCCCCGCGCCUUCGCCGGGCUCAGCAGCCUCUUGCGCCUCCACCUCAACUCCAACCUGCUGCGGGCGGUCGACAGCCGCUGGUUUCAGAUGCUGCCCAGCCUGGAGAUCCUCAUGAUUGGAGGCAACAAGGUGGAUGUGAUCCUGGAUAUGAACUUCAGGCCCUUGGCCAACCUGCGGAGCUUGGUUUUGGCUGGGAUGAACCUGAGGGAGAUCUCGGACUAUGCGCUGGAAGGGCUGCGGAGCCUCGAGAGCCUCUCCUUCUAUGACAACAAGCUGGUGAACGUCCCCAAGCGGGCACUGCAGCAAGUUCCUGGCCUCAAGUUCCUGGAUCUGAAUAAAAACCCGUUGCAGAGGGUCAAGCAAAGCGACUUCACGAACAUGCUGCAUCUCAAGGAGCUGGGGCUCAACAACAUGGAGGAGCUGGUGUCCAUAGACCAGUUUGCCUUGAUCAAUCUCCCCGAGCUGACCAAGCUAGAUGUGACCAACAACCCCAAGCUGUCCUUUAUCCACCCCAACGCGUUCCACCACCUUCCCCAACUGGAAACCCUCAUGCUCAACAACAACGCCCUAAGUGCCUUGCAUAAGCAGACGGUGGAGUCCCUGCCCAACCUGCAGGAGAUCAGCAUCCACAGCAACCCCAUCCGCUGCGACUGCGUCAUCCGCUGGGUCAACAGCACGGAAAACCACAUCCGCUUCAUCGAGCCCCAGUCCACGCUGUGCGCCGAGCCCCUGGACCUCAAGAGGAGGCACAUCCGGGACGUCCCCUUCCGGGAGAUGACGGACCAGUGCCUGCCUCUCAUCUCCACCAAGAGCUUCCCCUCCCGCUUAGAGGUGGCAGAUGGUGACAAUGUCUCCUUGCAUUGCCGAGCUCUGGCGGAGCCGGACCCGGAGAUCUACUGGGUCACCCCCUCGGGGGUGAAGCUGAUCCCCUACACAGAAGAUGGGCAGUACAGGCUGCAUCCUGAAGGGACACUGGAGAUCCGUGGGAUCUCGGCUCGUGAGGCUGGGCUAUACACCUGCGUGGCUCACAACCUCGUCGGGGCAGACAUCAAGAGCGUCAGCAUCAUGGUCAACCACUCCUUCCCACUCAGUGAGGACAGCCUGGAGCUGGUGGUGGCGGAUGUCCAGGCCUACCACAUCCUGGUUGCCUGGAAACCGCAUCUCAACACCAUCUCCUCCAACCUCACCUGGUCCAGCUUCUUGCUUAGCUCCAAUUUGGACACGACCAACGUGGCCCGGAUCCCCAUGGGCACCCACACGUACAACAUCACCCGGCUCCACCAGGACACCGAGUACUGGGCUUGCCUCCACGUGGCCUUUGUAGACUCACAGGCCAAGGUGGCUUGUGUGAACGCCAGGACUAAGGAGGCUGCUCAGCGCUACCUGCUCCUGGAGGGCAGGAGGAGCAUCCUGAUGGUGCUGGUCCUCUGCCUCCUGCUCCUCGCUGCCGGCCUCGUGGCUCGCUAUGGCGCUGGGGCAGAGCCGCGGGGGGCCGGGGAGCGGCUCCGGGGGGCCAUGGCCAUGCGCGUGGUCUAUCCCCCCCUCAGCCAGCCCUGGGCUCGGGGGCAGCGCGGGGGGCAGCUCCUGGCCGUGGAGGUGCAAGCAGCCCCCCCGGACUGCUGAAGGCUGCUGUGGGGCUGGGGGGGGUGGGGGGGACUGGGGGAGGUGGUUGGGGGGGGAGGGAGAAACUAUUUUUUACCAAAAAACCUGAACUGAACACGAAACCCACACAGAAUUCCAUGGACGUGAGCAAGGGUUGGUGGGGAGAGGAGCAGCGCUGGCCACGGGGCUGGCACAGCCUCCUCGGGGUCCUGGCGGGGUCUGGAUCCAUGGGCAGGGUCUGGAUCUGGGCACGGCUCCGGAGCAGCCGGGAGGGCUCAGCGGGGCCUGGGGGGACGAUGCCCUGAGCGGUCGAAGAGCCAUAUAGAUGAUCAGCAGAUCACCCCUUCCUUCCCAUGUCCCCCCGGCACCACGAGACACCCCAACUGCUCCUCCGCUGGACACUCCCUGGUUUGGAAAUACAAAAAGGCCUUUUCCUUUGGGCUACAUCUCUCUUUUUGUUCCUUUUCUGUGUUGUUUUCUGAGCAUUGAGAUAAUCAGCCACAAACUCCCCCCCCCCCCCCGCCCCAGCACCUUCCUGCUGCCCUGUUGUUGUUGGCUGGAGGGAAGCAGAAGGGAGAGGAGGGUAAAAGACACAGAGAUGCUGAUGGUGACACAUCUCUCAGUUGGCAUCCCCAUGGGGCUGGCCAGUGCGGGUUGGAUCCUGCAUCCCGAUGUAAUCUCAAAGCUGUUUUGUGAACCUGCAGGUGGUCUUAAAGAAAAAAUAAGAGGAAAACUGAGAAGAAAAGGGAGGGGGAAGAAUCGGCUUUUCUGAGUUUGUUUAAAGGGAAAAAAAGCAAGUAAAUCCUUUGUAUUCUGGUGUGCAGCUGGAAGGCUUCAUGGUAGGAGCCCCUUGCAGAUGCUGAGGGCUCUGUGGAACAGCCUCUGCAUCCCUGGGCUUGUGGCUGGAGGUGAAGGGGAGGAUGCAUCAGUGUCCCCUGGGAUGUGCCAAACCAAGGGAUGCAGCGAAGCCAAAUCUGAUGCUGCAGUGACGUUCCCCUCCCUGACUCAUGUGAACGAGCCAUCCCUUUGCUUGGGCCUACACCUAAUCCCUGCUUGUUAGAGGGAGGGACUUGGGGCUGGGUUUCACUGCAACCCCAAACAAAACGUGCCUUUACCGACACACGAGAGCCUGGUGCAACCUGUGGUGUUGGCACAGCGCACACAGAGCUCGGCCAGCACCUUGCUCAGGGGUCCUCUCAUGGGAAAGAGCAGGAAGACCCAUCCCAGCCAGCCCCGGGGGGUGACGGGGUGAAGGUACCCCAGGAGUUGGUGUCUCCAUGUAGACUUGGUGCCCCUGGGGUGAAGCCGGUCGUGGCAGCGCAACUGCUGCAGCUUUGAGGGGUCCAGAGAUCCUCGACACAGCAAAAGGCUCUUUGAUCUUCUCAUUCAUCUUCCAGCCAAGGUGAGCUGGUUCCUGCUGGAUGAGCUCCGUGCUCAGCCAGGCAAUGGAGUGGCUCCUGUGCCAUGGCCAGGUAGUUAUUUCAAUGGACAACAGCUCUCCCUGGUCCCUGUUCAGAAACACCAAAGCACUUGAGCCUGUGUUGAGGACCCAGCAGAUCUCCAGGGCCUGGGCACAAGCUGGAAGUGAAGUGCAGGAUUAAACCCUUUGCUGCAUUAGGGUCAUUUCCUGCUCUGAAUGCUGAGCUGGGCUCUGCUCUGGUGCGCAGCCCCUGGUGUCUGCAGGCUCGGGGCCUGACGCAGCCCUUCUCUGCCCUUUGUACAGCAGGGAACUCGAAUGCAGGAUCUAUUCCCUGCGGUUCAGCUGAAUCGGUGCUGGAACAUGUGGAAAUAGUUGCUGCAGACCUUUCCUGGUGUCAACACAUCCCCGGUUUAAUCCUGCUGGUCCCUGCAGCGCGUGGGCUGAGCCCUGGGCAGCGCCUGCAUCCCCUUCCCCAUCCCGCUCCCUGCUGAAAGCAUCUCCAGUUCCCAAACCAAGCGAGGACCGAGCCCCUCAGGCUGGGGUUUUGUAGGUGCAGAGAAAGAGCCUCUUUGAUCACAGCUCCUGGGCCAGGGGUGAAGGUUCAGCCAGUGGCUGCUCUCAUCUAAAAGCACUUGUGCAAACCAGAGGCUGAAAUGAGAUCUGUGCAAUUAACCUGCUGCCCUUUGGGAGCAGAGCGACCCAGGGGCUCAGUGCAAUGUCCAGAGAGAGGCACCCCCAGUGCAGGACUCCAUUCCCAGUGGGUGCUCUGCUCCAGGCUCCCCAUGGGAGAGGGGUGGCCAAAUCACAGCCCCCCUCCCCAGCACCCCACAACAGGGGUUUUGCUGUGACCCGCUCCAGUCCUCUCCCUCCCUCCAAGGACAUUAGUUGGGAGCAUCAGAGGUGUCUCAUUCGCUAUUUAUUGUGGUUGUUGUUUAUCAUUAAAGCACUUUUUCCUCAGCACCACGCUGGAGGAAACCUGCCAUAAACCAUUCCCUGUCCCCCUGCCCCAGCCAGGAUGGGGCACGUGGAGCUGCUGGAGCAAGGCCAGAGGAGGCCCCAGAGCUGCUGCGAGGGCUGGAGCAGCUCUGCUCUGGAGCCAGGCUGAGAGAGCUGGGCUGGUUCAGCCUGGAGAAGAGAAGGCUCCUGAAGGGGACACCUUAGAGCAGCUCCAGUGCCUAAAGGGGCUCCCGGAAACCUGGAGAGGGGCUUUGAGCUCCCGAGGUGGGAUCACUCUGCAGGGUCUCAUCUCCCAGUCCAGAGCAAGGCUGUGGCAGGAACCAGAGAUGCUUCGGGAAGGGGGAAGCAGUGUCUGCCCCGGGAUGCUCUCGGGUACAGGGCUCUUUCACCUGCCCCCCAAAGGCGGCUCAAGUUAGAACAAAAUGAUGGGAUUCACCACUGAAGCAGCUUCACUGGCCGCAGGGAGCAGCAGCCUCCAUCCCGUGCAGGGAUGCAGCUCUCAAAGAGAUGCUCUGGUGAAGGGGCUCCCAGAUUGCUCAAGCCCAAAAGACCCAACACCAGCGAGCCCAGGGGUGCUGGGGGGGGAGCAGGGGCGGCUCCAUCACCUCCGGUCCUCUCCCUCCCUCCAUCCAUCCAGGAUGUCAAAGGGUUGUUUGGGAAAUGCUUCUCCUCCAGCCUGUCCCACCAGGUCCCACCUCCGGGCGCUGGUUUCUCCCCCAUGAACCACUCUCCUGAGCUGCUCAUCAGGUUUAACUUCUCCUUUUUUUUCCUUUAAUAAUUUAUUUAUUCCCUUCACUUUGAGAAGAGACAUGAAAUUCCUCAUUCCUGCUGCUUCUGCCCCUCUCCCCCUCCUCCUCCUCCUCAGUGCAAGCAGCAUCGUGGACCUCAUAUGCAACCGAGCUUCUCCCAGCAAAGCCAAGCGAGAACAUUGUGCGCCAGGCUCUAUUUUAAGCACCUAAUAAAAGUGAUUUUUGGA